GCUGGGUGCUGUGUGGGGCGGCCCCGAGGCGUCUGUGUGGCGGCAGGUGGAGGCUCCCGCGCUGCCCGCUGCUCUGCUGGUUAGAAACGUAAGCUCUGGAUUGAGGGCUUACUAUCUAGCUCCAGAACCUGGGACGAGGGACGAGGGACCAGGGCAGACAGUUUCUCCCUCUUUUGGACUCUUGGAACUGUGUUGCCUGCUCUCCUGACUGCUUUCUGCUUCUGGCGACAACCCCGCGAGAAACUUGCAAGACCGCAUUUUACAGAGGACGCCUCGGGCUCAAAGCAGCUACACAAGAGGAGUCACCAUCCGUGGCGUCCAUGGCUGCCUCGCAGACUUCACAUACUGUUGUUGCAUCUCAUGUUCCUUUCGCAGAUUUAUGUUCAACUUUAGAACGAAUACAGAAAAGUAAAGGACGUGAAGAAAAAAUCAGACACUUCAGGGAAUUUUUAGAUUCUUGGAGAAAAUUUCAUGAUGCCCUUCAUAAGAACCAAAAAAAUGUGACAGACUCUUUUUACCCAGCAAUGAGACUCAUUCUUCCUCAGCUAGAAAGAGAGAGAAUGGCCUAUGGAAUCAAGGAAACGAUGCUUGCUAAGCUUUAUAUUGAAUUGCUUAAUUUGCCCAGAGAAGGAAAAGAUGCCCUUAAACUUUUAAAUUACAGAACACCCACUGGAACUCGUGGAGAUGCUGGAGACUUUGCAAUGAUUGCAUACUUUGUGUUGAGGCCAAGAUGUUUGAAGAAAGGAAGUUUAACUAUACAGCAAGUAAAUGACCUUUUAGACUCUGUUGCCAGCAAUAAUUCUGCUAAAAGAAAAGACCUAGUAAAGAAGAGUCUUCUUCAACUUAUAAGUCAGAGUUCAGCACUUGAGCAAAAGUGGCUUAUCCGGAUGAUCUUAAAAGAUUUAAAGCUUGGUGUUAGUCAGCAAACUGUAUUUUCUGUUUUUCAUAAUGAUGCUGUUGAGUUGCAUAAUGUCAGCACAGACCUGGAAAAGGUCUGUAGGCAACUGCACGAUCCUUCUGUAGGACUCAGUGAUAUUUCCAUCACUUUAUUUUCUGCCUUUAAACCAAUGCUAGCUGCUAUCGCAGACAUUGAGCGCAUUGAGAAGGACAUGAAACACCAGAGUUUCUACAUCGAAACCAAGCUAGAUGGAGAGCGUAUACAGAUGCACAAAGAUGGGACUGUAUACGAAUACUUCUCCAGAAAUGGGUAUAACUAUACUGAACAGUUUGGUGCUUCUCCAGAUAAAGGUUCUCUUUCCCCAUUCAUUCAUAAUGCCUUCAAAACAGAUGUACAAAUCUGUAUUCUUGAUGGUGAGAUGAUGGCCUACAACCCUAACACACAAACCUUCAUGCAAAAGGGAAUUAAGUUUGAUAUUAAAAGAAUGGUAGAAGAUUCUGAUCUGCAAACUUGUUACUGUGUUUUUGAUGUAUUGAUGGUUAAUAAUAAAAAGCUAGCACAUGAGACCCUGAGAAAAAGGCAUGAGAUCCUUAGCAGUAUUUUGACCCCAAUACCAGGUAGAAUAGAAAUAGUGCAGAAGACACAAGCUCACAGUAAGAACGAGGUAAUUGAUGCAUUGAAUGAAGCAAUUGACAAAAGGGAAGAGGGAGUCAUGAUAAAACAUCCUCUGUCCAUUUACAAGCCAGACAAAAGAGGUGAAGGGUGGUUAAAAAUUAAGCCAGAGUAUGUCAGUGGACUAAUGGAUGAAUUGGACAUCUUAAUUGUUGGAGGCUAUUGGGGAAAAGGAUCACGGGGUGGGAUGAUGUCUCAUUUUUUGUGUGCAGUAGCAGAGAAGCCCCCUCCUGGGGAAAAGCCAUCUGUGUUUCAUACACUGUCUCGUGUUGGCUCUGGUUACACCAUGAAAGAACUGUAUGAUCUGGGUUUGAAAUUGGCCAAACAUUGGAAACCAUUUAAUAAAAAAGCUCCACCAAGUAGCAUUUUAUGUGGAACAGAGAAGCCAGAAGUGUACAUUGAGCCUUGUAAUUCUGUCAUUGUUCAGGUUAAGGCAGCAGAGAUUGUCCCCAGUGACAUGUACAAAACUGGCUGCACGUUGCGUUUUCCACGAAUUGAAAAGAUAAGAGAUGACAAGGAGUGGCACGAAUGCAUGACUCUGGAUGACUUGGAGCAGCUUAGGGGGAAAGCAUCUGGAAAGCUUGCCUCAAAACACUUUUUUGUAGGUAUUGAUGAUGAACCACAAGAAAAAAAGCGGAAAGCUGCCCCAAAGAUAAAGAAAGUCAUUGGAGUUAUUGAACAUUUAAAAGCGCCUAACCUGUCUAAUAUUAACAAAGUUUCUAAUGUGUUUGAAGACGUUGAGUUCUGUGUUAUGAAUGGAACAGCCAGCCAUCCCAAGCCUGACCUGGAGAAUAGAAUUGCAGAAUUUGGGGGUUAUAUAGUACAAAAUCCAGGUCCAGACACGUACUGUGUGAUUGCAGGGUCUGAGAACAUCAGGGUGAAGAACAUCAUUUCUUCAAAUGAACAUGAUGUGGUCAAACCUGCCUGGCUUUUGGAGUGUUUUAAGACCAAAACCUGUGUGCCGUGGCAGCCUCGCUUUAUGAUCCAUAUGUGUCCAUCCACCAAAGAACAUUUUGCCCGUGAAUACGACUGCUAUGGUGAUAGUUAUUUUGUUGAUACAGAUUUGAACCAACUGAAGGAAGUAUUCUCAGGAAUUAGAAGUUCUAAUAAGCAGACUCCGAAAGAAAUGGCUUCUGUGAUUGCCGAUUUAGAAUAUCGAUAUUCCUGGGACCACUCUCCUCUCAGUCUGUUUCGGCGCCACACCAUUUAUUUGGACUUGUAUACCGUUAUUAAUGACUUGAGUACGAGAACUGAGGGAACAAGAUUAGCUAUUAAAGCCUUGGAGCUUCGAUUUCACGGAGCAAAAGUAGUUUCUUGUUUAGCUGAGGGAGUGUCUCAUGUCAUCAUUGGGGAGGAUCAUAGUCGUGUUGCAAAUUUUAAAGCUUUUAGGAGAAAGAUGAAAAGAAAGUUUAAAAUUCUUAAAGAAGAUUGGGUAACUGAUUCAAUAGACAAACAUGAAUUACAGGAGGAAAAUCAAUAUUUGAUUUGAGCUGGUUUUCCUGGUGGAGAAAGCCUCUGAUUUGGCAGGCUCAUUGUAAUAGAGAGUAAUGAUAAAAUACUAAACUGCAUUUUAUUUUUGACUCUUAAAAAUCUGUCCUUAAAAAGUAUUAUUGGAUACAGGAAAUCAAUUUUAACUUUUAAGUUUGAAAAGACACUGAAUGGCUCACAGUCAAGAAGGAAAAAAAGUAUUUUAGUAGUGUAGUAUUUGAUGAGUUUUAUAACCAAGAAGAAAUGAACAGUUUAAAGAAGAGGUGUCUGCAUAAUAUCCAUAUAGAAAUCUAUAAUUUUGACUCAGAUAUUAAAUACAUUUUUAAAAAGUCAUUAAAGGUAGUGGCUCAGAAGUCAAAAAAUUUAAUAAUGGUUUUUAAUCUAAUUAAAGCAUUACAAGAAUAAAGGACAGAAUUGCUAUAAUUGCACUUGUAGGAAUAUGUCUUUACAUCAAGGCUAGAAUGCCUCUUUUAAAUAUAAAAUGUUGUAAACAAUUUUAUUUUUUUUUUUAAGUUUAAGGGCAAGCACAUUAAAACCUUGUCAAAGAUGUUCUUAGCUAAAUUAGGGAAGAUGAAUAAGACUUAAUGGUCUAGAAACUGAAAAAUAAAUUGGCUUUAUUAAAAAAAUAAAUCUUGCAAUUUGAAAAAUAGCCUAGAUUUAAUUUUUUGUCUGAAAUAGAACAUGUUUUAAAGUAUUUUUACGUGAGUUUUUACUCCAGUGUGAAUAGCAUUCACAAGAGAUGAUUUUCCCAGCUAUCAGCCCUGAUUUGGUAUCCACGUGGCAGGUGUGCUGUAACUUUGAUUGGGGAGAAGAAAAUUGCUGUGACUUUAUAAAAUGACUUUUAUAAUUAGGUUACUUAAAGUUGAAGUGUAUAGUAUUUAUUAUGUCUGGAUUUAUAGUAUACUAAACUUGGGAAUACAGCUUAUAUAUUUUGGAAAAUAUGCUUUCAUGACCAUAUUGAAAUGUAUGGAAUUUAAUAUGUGAGGUACUAUGUAUAAGUUAUUUGAAAGUAAUUGGAAAUUUUAUCCAAACAGUGGAACAAAUGUAUGUGAUUUUUGUUAUGCUUCUUAAUUUAAAUAAAAUAUUUAAUAUACUGUU